UUUUCAGGCUCACGGCGUACUCACGGCGCAAUUUAGCACUCGUCGGAGGCUCGCACCGGCACCGCCUUUUUGUUUCGAGGCUUUUGGGGUUUGGAAAUCGAAGGCGCAGAAGCUCCGUUGAAACCCUAAUAAACACAGACGAAGUCGCCGGCAAUUUUUGCUUCAUUGUCGUCGGGGGAUACCACAUUUACUUUUUUCUGGCCGGGAAAAAUAAUGCGACACUGUGUUCGGCAAUCUUCUAGUUUCAGCUUUAGAUCUAAAUGAAAAGCAUUAAGCAUUUGCCUGAGACUGUCUAUAGUUCAUUACGUUCUAGCAUUAUCCUGUCUGAUCUGACGAGGGUUGUGGAAGAGCUGGUAUUUAACAGUCUAGAUGCUGGCGCGAGAAAGAGGAAGCAGGGUUUCCAUGAAUCUCAUUAUGCUGUUGAUAAGCCACUUUACGUAUCUAUUUAUAUUGGCAUUGGGACCUGCUAUGUUAAAGUUGUGGACAAUGGAUCUGGAAUUACUAGGGACGGAUUGGUGUUAUUGGGAGAAAGAUAUGCAACGUCAAAGAUUAACAGUUUGGAUGAUAUGGAUUCUGCUAGUGGAAGCUUUGGCUUUCGAGGCGAAGCACUCUGUUCCAUUUCUGAUGUUUCAUUGCUAGAAAUUGAAACCAAAGCUCAUGGAAGGCCAAAUGGUUUUCGCAAGGUCAUGAAGGGUUGCAAAUGUUUGUAUCUUGGAAUAGAUGAUGAUAAGCAAGAUGCAGGCACAACAGUUAUUGUUCGUGAUUUGUUUUACAACCAACCAGUUCGGAGAAAGCAAAUGCAGUCCAGCCCUAAGAAGAUCCUGCACUCGGUCAAGAAAUGUGUUCUUCAAAUUGCCCUAGUGCACUCAAUGGUGUCCUUUAAAGUUGUCGACAUUGAAAGUGAAGAUGAUUUGCUGGGCACACAGCCCUCCCCUUCUCCUUUGACACUCUUGACAAGUGUUUUUGGGAUUGAGGUCUCAAGUUCAUUACAUGAAGUAAACCUUAGUGGUGGUGCAUUAAAACUUUCUGGAUAUGUUUCUGGUCCCUCCAGUACUUCUUCUGUGAAGGGCUUUCAAUAUGUCUACAUCAACUCCCAGUUCGUUCGCCAAGGUCCAAUUCAUAAACUGUUGAAUCAGUUGGCCAGCAGGUUCAACUCUCUGGAUCCAUUGAAGUCUAACAUUUGGGCUCAAAAUAUGAAGAGGAGUAGGUUCCAAGUGUCUCCAAUCUAUAUUUUGAACUUAAGUUGCCCUCGAUCUAGCUAUGAUUUGAGUUUUGAUCCAUUGAAGACAUCUGUUGAAUUUAAGGAUUGGGGCCCAAUACUAAACUUCAUCGAAAAGGCUAUUACAAAUCUUUGGAAUGAAAAUCUAGCUCAUGGAACAUCCUGUAUUCAAGUUGCUGAUACUUCAAAAAGUGAUGAAAUGUGCAAGGAAGGUGACAACAUUAUAAAAGAAGAAGAUCUGUUGGCAAAUUCUGAAGUUGCAAUAGAGAGAUGCAAAGUCCAAAAUCUUCAGAGCCUUCUUGAGCUUCCCUCUGAUUCUAUGGAGUUUCUAACUGAAGAAAGUGAUCAUAUGUCUCACUGGAAAGAUGACAGAAUUUUUUUUCAAAAAUCACAGAGAAAUCCUGCAGAAUUAAAAGGCCAACAAACUGAGAUGGGAUUUGUACAUCAAACUGACUGUUCUUUCCAAUUUAUGGAUAGUUAUGUUGCCAAAUGCGUGCCACCUGCUAGACAAGAGAGUGACAACCACUUAUGGACACCUGAUAACAAUUCUCUCUCUUCCAAAGAUAAUUUCUUCAAAAAGGACUAUGCUGCUACAGAAAGAUCCAGUGGACAUGUGGAGGAAAAUAUUUUUGAUUCAAGGAGGACUGAAUUUCAUAAACUUGAUGCUAACAUGAGCAAUACAUCAACCCGGAGCAUAUUGUCUUGUGAUAGUUUUGAAUUUGGCAAUGAGUUUGAUGGGGCCAGUAAGGAUAUUAGGAAACCCUUUCUGCAGAAUUGCUCUUCCCUAGGUAGCCUGCCAAAUGAUGAGACAUUGUUUUUGAUGGAUAAAGGAUUUGAUUAUAAUAUUGAGGGAUUUAUGACCAAACGAAGGCGGAUUGACCCUGCUGAAAACUUUGCUGUUGUAGAAGCUGAUGGUGGCAACAAGAGAUUUUUUGAGUCCUUGCCAGAGAUUCCUUGGCGAGAUGAUGCAACAAGUGCACUGCCCUCUUCCGGAAUCAUAACAAAAUGUGACAUACAUACAGAUGUGGAUUCUUUUUCAAGAGAUUCUUUAAGGUCAUUCUUGCUUAAUGGAGAUCGCUUUGUUGGUGGGAAUGAUUUUCCACCCACUUCAGUCUCGCAAACUAUAAAUUGUGGCUCAGACACCCAGACUGAUUCUGAAUGGUCUUCUUUUUCUCUUUCCUCAGAUCUCUUAUAUGGGACCACGUCAUGGAAUGAUGAAGAUUUCACACAUGAAAAUGCAUGUAAAAGGAGUUCUAAAUCUAGUAGAAGUACUAGUUAUGGGCAUUUUGUGGAUAUGGAACAAGACUGCGUUCCAAGUAGUGAUUUUAAGCCGACUAUAGACAUUGAAGAAAACUGCUUCUCGAUCUGCAGAAACACUAGAUUAGAUUUGAAGGGCUUUGUGGGUCCCAGGAGAGAGAGUGGGGAAUUUCUCAAGCCAUACAAUCUUGAUGAUAUGUUCUGUCCUAGUUGGCUUGAUGUAUUGACGAACAAAGCAGACUGGUUAUGUUUAAACUCACAUGGUUCAGGUAAAAUGGAAAAUUGUGCGGUGCCGUCGCACCACAGUCCCUCAUUCAUGUAUAUUGAUGAUGAUAAAAAUCAGAGAGGUCAGCAGAGAUACCAAGAUUGUCCUCGAAAUUAUGUUCCUAAAGAAAGAGUAAGAAGAAGCCAUUCGGCCCCUCCAUUUUACAGAGGCAAGAAGAGGUUCAUUGCCCUAAAUAGUCAUUGGCCAAUGAAAGCUGAAAGGGCCAAUACCAAAACUUUACCAGGUGAAGCUAGUCAGUUGAAGCACUGUCAACAAAUUUCUGGCACACACUCAUGCAUCAAGCCAAGUCUUGCUGCGGAUUAUUUGUUCCAUGCUAGACCGGAUACAAUGAAAAUUCAGAACUUUACAUCAGAUUUGAAUGAGAGUGAAGGGAGUGAAAAGUUCAUCAAGUCCCAUUGUCACCGUAGUUGCCUUAUCAAUUUCGAUAAAGACUCUACCUCAAUCAGAACUCAAGAUUCAACAAAUUCUGGAGUUAAAUGGCAAUUCAGCGACCAACCUACUGCAAGUGGGGAUAAAUCACAGUAUGUGCGUGAUCAAUGUGGUAUACUUGAUAUCUCUUCUGGGAUCUUGCACCUUGCUCAUGAUUCCUUAAUUCCUGAAGCUAUUAGUAAGAAAUGCCUUGAGAAUGCCAAAGUUCUCCAACAAGUUGAUAAGAAAUUCAUCCCAAUUGUGGCUGAUGAAACACUUGCAAUUAUUGACCAGCAUGCUGCGGACGAGAGGAUUCGACUGGAAGAAUUGCGUCAGAAGGUUCUAUCUGGAGAAGAAAAGACAAUUACCUAUUUGGAUGCUGAGCAAGAGCUGGUCUUGCCUGAGAUUGGGUAUCAGCUAUUGCACAACUAUGCUGAACAGAUAAAGAAGUGGGGUUGGAUUUGCAACAUUCAUUCUCAGAAUUCAAGGUCAUUUAAAAAGGACCUGACUCUCCUCCAGGGGCAGCCAACUGUUAUCACACUUCUUGCAGUACCUUGUAUUUUAGGCGUCAAUUUAUCUGAUGUUGAUCUUCUAGAAUUUCUUCAGCAGCUUUCUGACACUGAUGGAUCAUCAACAAUGCCACCAUCUAUUCUUCGAGUCCUCAAUUUAAAGGCAUGCAGAGGUGCUAUAAUGUUUGGCGAUGCUUUGCUUCCUUCAGAAUGCUCCCUCCUUCUUGAUGAACUGAAGCGGACCUCACUGUGCUUCCAGUGUGCUCACGGGCGACCCACAACUGCCCCUCUUGUCAACUUGGAGGCCUUGCACAAAGAGAUAGCCAAGCUUGGAAGUAAUGUGGGUUCAAGUGAGCCUUGGCAUGGGUUACAGCAGCAUCCUCCAAGUCUUAAACGCGCAGCCCAGCGCUUAAAAAUGUCUCGAGGUCAGCAUUGAUGAGAAACCGAGGUUGCAGACCCAGAGUCAUUGUGGUUUCUUUUUCCUAAAGAAGUCAAAUUCAUUCUUUCAUUGUAUUAAUGAGCAACAUUGCCUAAAAAUUUGUAAAGAUGUACAUUUGCAUUUGAAUCAUGAGUGUAUAUUUGUCUAGCUUGGUGCAAAACUGCAUCACUUUCUUUCA